CGGGUGAGUAACGGCCGUGAGGAGAACUAAGAGAAGGAACUGCCUCCCGCGGCAGACGUGGUGUUGGCUCAGAAAACUGUGAUGGCCAUGCAGGAGAAGUACCCAAGUGAGAGACUCUCCCAGGCCAAUUCACCAGGUCCCAGUGUGAUUCAAAAGGGCAGUUCUCUGGUGACUGAAUGGCAGACCCCAGUUAUCUCCGAGCCCUUUCGGAGCCGUUUUAGCCGCUGUUCAAGUGUAGCUGACAGUGGGGACACAGCCAUUGGCACGUCAUGCUCAGAUAUUGCAGAGGAUUUUUGCAGCUCAAGUAGCAGCCCUUCUUUCCAGCCCAUCAAAAAUCACGUAACCAUUCCAACAGCCCAUGUGAUGCCUUCUACUUUGGGGACCUCUCCUGCCAAGCCAAGUUCUUUACCUCCUGGCCCCUCGUCCUCCAAACCGCCUUUGUCAGGGUCAGCUGGAAGUGUGGGGAUGACGAGAAAUGGAGACCUGGCAACAGUGAAGCGUGGCCCAGCUCUGUCGAGAGAUCUGCUGUAUCUUUGUGGGGCUGCUGGAGAAAACGGAGUUGAGCAGUCCUGGUUUCCAGCAGUGGGCCAUGAGAGAGAGAAAGAGGUGAGGAAGUUUGAGGCUCCCAACAUGGAGGCCACCCUCAAUCAAUCAACGAUCAUGGAGACACUCUAUUCAGAUCCCCACUACCGAGUCCACUUCCACAAUCCAAGAGCGGACUCAAACAAGGAGCUGUACAAAGGAUUACCUGAGUCCAAGAAGGCACCAGGCAGUGGCUCAGUGUGUGAGCGGAAUGGACCGCACCCGAGCAGCACUGGGCUGCUUCCUUUGGGACUGCAGCCGGCUCCUGGGCUCUCCAAACCUCUACCCUCUCAGGUAUGGCUGCCGAGUCCUGACCCUUGGCAUCCCCGUGAGCAAUCCUGUGAGCUCAGCACUUGUCGGCAGCAGCUGGAGUUGAUCCGUUUACAAAUGGAGCAGAUGCAGCUUCAGAACGGAGCUCUGUGCCACCAUCCCGCGGCUUUUGUUCCUUCGCUGCCCACUUUGGAGCCAGCACAGUGGAUCAGUAUCCUGAACAGUAAUGAACACCACCUGAAGGAGAAGGAGCUCCUCAUUGACAAGCAACGGAAACACAUCUCGCAGCUGGAACAGAGAGUGCGAGAGAGCGAACUACAAGUCCAUAGUGCCCUCUUGGGCCGUCCCGCUCCCUUGGGGGAUGUCUGCUUGCUGAGGCUGCAGGAACUGCAGCGAGAGAACACUUUCUUACGCGCACAGUUUGCACAGAAGACUGACGCCUUGAGCAAAGAAAAGAUGGAGCUUGAAAAGAAACUCUCUGCUUCCGAAGUGGAAGUGCAGCUCCUCAGAGAGUCCCUCAGAGUGGCACUGCAGAAGCACUCGGAGGAGGGCAAGAAGCAGGACGAGAGGGUCAAGGGUCGUGAUAAACACAUAAAUAAUCUGAAAAAGAAAUGUCAGAAAGAAUCAGAGCAGAACCGGGAGAAGCAGCAACGUAUCGAGACUCUGGAGCGCUAUUUAGCUGACCUACCCACCCUGGAAGACCAUCAGAAGCAGAGCCAACAGCUGAAGGAAUCUGAGCUGCGGAGCACAGAGCUGCAAGAGAGAGUGACGGAGCUGGAGAGCUUGCUGGAAGAGACGCAGGCAGCCUGCAGGGACAAGGAGGCACAACUGGAAAGCCUGCGACAGAGGGAAGCUGCUGGACCAAGCCUGCAAGAUAAGCAGUCUGUGAGGGAAGACCGGACGGGAGACGGUCCGAAAGUAGAGCUGGAGUCCUGGCAGAAGGAGUGUGAUUCCCUCCGAAAGGUGGUAGAGAAGCAGCAGCAGAAGAUGGAUCAGUUGCGUUCCCAAGUACAGAGUCUAGAACAGGAAGUGGCUCAAGAAGAAGGAAUAAGCCAGGCCCUACGAGAGGAGGCCCAGCGGAGGGAGACUGCGCUGCAGCAGCUGCGUACAGCUGUGAAGGAGCUUUCGGUGCAAAACCAGGACUUGAUUGAGAAGAAUCUGACGCUCCAGGAACACCUGCGUCAGGCCCAGCCGGGCUCCCCACCACCACCAGACACGGCCCAGCUGGCACUGGAGCUGCAACAGGAGUUGGCCAGUUGCCUUCAAGAUCUGCAGGCAGUCUGCAGCAUCGUGACCCAGCAAGCCCAAGGCCAUGACCCCAAUCUCUCUCUGCUUCUAGGCAUUCACUCUGCCCAACACCCAGGGCCUCCGGUGGACUUGCAGAAGCCAGAUGUGAUUAGGAAGAAGUUAGAGGAGAUUCGGCAACUGCGCUGUGACAUCGAGGACUUACGGACUACCAUGUCAGACAGAUAUGCCCAGGCCAUGGGAGAAAACUGUGUCACACAGUGAGGAAUGCUGGGGGCGAGGGGCAGGCCCUAUUGCUCCAGGGAGGGUCUGGGCUGCUGAGAGUCCAGUCCCACCGGUCCCUGCCCUGACACUUGUGCUUACUGUCUUGUGCUAUUCCUGGAGAAGAGGGGCAGUGAGUCUGCCUUGGGGGCCCAGGGUGGAUCAGUGAGCCACGCCUGUUCAUGGGUUUGCCUUGUUGGGUUAUGUUGGUCCUCUCAUCCUGAUUCACCCUGAGGGUGAGUUCUUAGUUAACUUUUGCAGGCAGAGCUGCUAAGUUCUCACACACUACUACUCCCAGCCUCAACUGAUGCUGGAGGCAAACAUCGUGCUAGAGGAUGACUGCUGUCUCCAUCCUCUGGGAAGGAUCACAUUCACCCCCACUCUCUACUUGAUCCUGCUGCUUGUCAGCACUCCUUAAAGAGGCCUGGCUGUCCGAGUCCCUAACAUAAGGGCUGCUUGUGAAUUCUUGGGCCUCAUAUGCCAGCCUUGCAGGGAGCUGAGCUAGCAGCUUUCUGGGGUCUCUCUCAGCCCCAGACUGCUGCUGCUGCUUCAGGGCUCUUGUUCUAGCAGAAACCUCUGAAGAAUGUCUUCACUUGCAAAGUCCCCACAAGGGUUGGAGGCCCAGAGCUUGCUGCCGAGGGCCUUCAUGUGCUCCCCAGGCCAGUCUCUCUGGCUGCCCUCUGACUCAGGGGCCCUUUUCCUCCACUCUCCAUCCGCUUUGGGCUUAAAUUAUAAACACUUUGGUGGCUUCUGAUGUGGGUGGGAUUCCCCACAGAAUACCAACUGUCAAGCUGUAUUCCCCUCUCCUGGAGCUGGGGCCCAAGCUUGGGCUGUUUGUGCCUCAAUUCCGGGGGAGGGCUUUGACUUUCUUGGCUUUGGGCUCCUUGAGAACUCGGAGUACCUUUAAGUUAAACUCCCAGUGUUUUUGUUUUGAGUUUGUAUAGGGUCUUUGGACCCUCUGCUUUCCUGGGUUAUCUUGCCUUCUUGGUUUAGAGGGCAUCUCACAAUUGUUGGUGUCUGGCUCUUGGGACUGGCCCAGGCUGACCCUAGAUUGGAAGCCAGGCCAAGCAGGAGCCAGGAGGGCACGAAGGAGCCCCGAGCAGCUCAGGAGUCCCUGAGCAGCAUCCUGGACCUCCCUCCUGGGUCUGAAUGCCCCUCACACAGAAGGGUUUUUCCAUGGUGUUGGACCCGUGGAGGGAGGGACUCUACCCUUCCACUGGAGCAGCCCCGCUGCCCUGCCCUCCGCUUCUGGGCUCCUGCUUCUGAAAGCAGAGCCGCCUGGCUGGUCUUUGCCUUGCGUUUGGAGCCCGGCCACCAUGCUCACGGGUAUUUUUCCUUGUAAAGUUGAUAAGCAGGUAUUUAUAUGAAUCUUUGUUUAUGUUAACUGGUUUGUACUGCCUAUUUUGACUACAAAAUAAAAUAUUUAACAGA